CACACGCGUCCCUCUCUGAAAUGGACCAGCACGACUGAGAUCUCGUCUGUCCCCUCCUUUCUCCACGAGCUUCUCGCCCUUCCGUCCCUUAUUUUUCCUAUUCAAGCUAGCAGUCGUUGCCAUUUUCGCGCUCACUUUUGGAUGUGGAAUAUCUAAGAAUGCCUGAUCCGGAGGAUCCAGGUCGGGAUGAGGAGGUGGAGGAACCGUUGGCAAAGAAGAUCAGAGUUGUAGCGCAGGAGGCCGGGGAGGAUGAGGAGUCUGAAAUGGAGAAGGAGCCAAAUGCGGACUUGUCAUCAGAGGAGGAACUUGUUGCCCCGGAUGCAGAGGAUUUCGUUCCCGAAAUCGACAAUGAAGCCACAGCGCAUUGUUAUCAGGUGGCUGAGGCGAUGCGAAGAAACCGGGAACAGAACGGAGCGGACGAUGAUUGGGACAUUUGUAGUGGAUCAUCAACUGGUUCAGUUGUGAUGUUCAAUGGAAGUAACGUUCGUAAGUUCGGAGCAAAAUACAGUUGGGAAAGAUUUGAUCAUGAAGCCGACCAGGAAAGAAUCAACAAUCUGUAUCCAGCAGUACUCAGAGCUACGCGCCGCCUUAAGGAAUCACAUCCUCUUGACAAUCAACAACACGUUAUUCCGGAGUACUUCGUUCAGUCUUAUGAAAAUGCCAUCGAAUACUUGCUGAAAACCCCGAGACCAAAUGGCCCUCUUGAUACUUGUGAACAAAUUGAGAAUCGAAUUUGUUAUGAAGAGGCACGCGUACAGAUGUUGCAAACAGAAGCAAUCAAGUUCCACAAGAACUGGAACACUCGUCCUUGCUGGUACCAUGAUUAUGGAACUCGAUUCUCCGUUCAAACCAGCUACGAUAUGAUUGAGUACCUAGUCUUUGCAAUGUCUGAAGUUGAUCCUGGAUUCCAAAUGGAAAAAUCACCAAAUGAUGUUUGGCAUCCAGAAUACGAUGAAAUCCACGCAUCUGGCAGAACUCUCAUGGAGCAAUGUAUUGUCUUGGAUUCAAAGUACCGUAAUGAAUUUAUGGCGUUUGUCAAGGAAGAGAAGCAAGAUCUUACAGCUUCCGAGGAGACCCAUGUUCAAUCUCUUUUCGAUCAAAUGACAUCCAUUUUCAACCUUGACUUUGAACAUUUUCUCAUGAAUCGUGCAGAUGAAAGGGUUUGGAAUGUUAUUGUUGACGACGCAAAGGAAAAAGCAGAAGUGGAACUUGCAGGUCUUCAUGCUGACAACGCGGAGGAAAUUCAUCGCAUUUUCCAGAAAACUCACCGAAUUUUCCUCAACUAACUGUUAUCUCCUCUCCCAGACUUUUGUUAUUCAACGUUUUUAUUUUUAUUUUAGCUAGUGGUUGUUUUCAACUAGAUAGUCUUAUUUUUUCGUUUCUGUCCAUUAUAACCCCCUACCUCGCCUCUUUUGAAGUGAUGAUUAUCACAUCUACCUCUUUUACAUCCCCUUUCGACCUCAAUCUAUCUCUUUCCUACCUCUCCUUGUACCACUUAGUGAUUAACAACCCACCAAAGCUACCUCUCUAACCGCACAUAUUUUGUGAUGACCCUCCUAAUCUAAGUCAAUUACCUCACUAUUGCUCAGAGUUCUUAUUUCAUACAAAUCGAGAUCUCCGAAGGUUCAUCGCCGAUAAGGAUUCUCUGUUUGUUUUGAAAACAACUCUCAAUAAUUAUAACCUCACAAAAAACUGAAAACAAAAAAAAUUCUGAAUGGCACGCUACAAAUGUCUUAGCGAGAUUCGACGGUAAAGCUUAGCAGCUCGCCGCGAUUUGUUCGCACCAUUUCUCCCCUCUCCUUUUCCCUCUUGUAUGUCCCCAAAUAAUUUAACCGUUUUUGCUGUAUUUCCUUUUACUAACAUCCCUACGCGCCCAAAUGGGUUAGUGGUCAUAGCGAGAUCGGACGGAUUCAUUCGCCGGUUGGUCGCACCCAUUGUAUUUAAUCUAGUAGUGAGUAGUUGCACAAUAUUUCUUCGAUGUAAUUUUUUGCAAUAUCAUAUUUUAAUUUUCAAACUCUCCCAUAUACUGAAAAAUACUCUUCCUGAAUAUGAUGUUGCAAGAAAUUGUUUUUUUUAAUUCCCAUGUUUCGUUUUGAUGUUUUGAGUUUUUGCAGAACAUGAAAAUUGUGAUUUCUCAAAGGUUAUUGCAUAGUUUCAAGUUCUACCAAACUCUUUCAAAAUUUGUAUGUCCUAUCGUAAGAUUAUUCCUCAAUUUUUACUCGCUUUGCCUACCUCAAAUGUAACGGAACGUUAGGGUUAGAAGUAGGGCCAGUGCUUGCACAGUGUGGAACUUCUACCCAAAAACCGUUAGCCAUUGUCCCAUUUAUCUCUAUUUAAUUCUACCUCUCAGUUUGGAUCACCCUUCUUUACAAAUCAUUUAUUUUUACUGUGACUUUUUGUACAACUGAUUCAUGUUUCCCGCUUUUUUCGAUGAGAUUCUCUAUUAUUUUUGUUUUUUUCCGCGCUUUUAUAUUUUGAUAAUCUUAAAUCCUAUUUCCACACAUCCUUCUAAUAUUUUUGAAAACGUAAUGUUUUAUCUAUUCUUCGUGCUUAUUUUUUGAUUAAUAACCUCUAAACGUUGUCUUGUGUUUGUGAAAAAUAAAGAUAAUCGCGUGCCC